AUGACGGUCGGACGCUACCUUACCUGGGGGGGGGGCAAUCUCCAUGGGGGGAUGAGCUUUGCGACGGACGCAGCCAUAACGCCUAGACGAUUCGCUGCUCCGUCCGCGGUAGCAUUGUGCCAGCGAACGGCCAGCGUCACUUCGGCCAACAUCAACACCCAACAGGCGACCGAGACCAGAAAUAUCUCCGUCGACGUUGGGCCGAGAGGCUUCGGUUCCCGGAUCCGCAUGUCCUCGUGGCUCAAGCCUUGGACGCACGACGUGCAGGGACUCUGCAGCAGAAGCCGGCGAUGCUGGUUCCGGGCAAAGCCUCAACUCAAGCCUUCCAAGACCGGAGCCAACCCCGUCUCGAGCGCUGUGCCGUACGAGUGCACAAAUCGGCCUGCAUACGACUAUUGCACUCUCCCUGCGGAUUGUGUGAACGGCAUCCAAUCCGUUAUCCAUCUGCUCCGUGCUGCCGAUUCGGCGAAUGUCUAUUGGGGCAUUCUCUACCCGAGUCAAAGCGAGAUUUCGCAAGCCAACAGCAGGACAGGCCGAGUCUUAACGAGAGCCGGUGCGGGCAAGCAUGAUAUGAUCGACAGCGCAUGUGCUGGCCGGCACACCUUUUUGUCCAACCACAACAGCAAUCCCAUGGGUUUCCGCCAAUCCCAUCGCCAGCCUGAAACUGCAUGGGUUCGAAUUGUCUUUUUUCUUCCAGAAAACGGCGGCCCACCAUCACGGCCGGGUCUAGCAGCUGCAGGGCAAAGAAAGUUGAGAGUCAUUGUGGCACUUACAUCAUGGUCGCAACAACGCUCUCGAGAACCGGAAAGUCGCAUGAGAGGCGUCACCUCGCUCUCGCCUAGACGAAUCAUGGACCUAGCAAUGCACGUACACGUAGGGCACCGCACAGAUGGGGGGAAGCAAACGCCUAACUCGUAUGCUGUAACCCAGGCUAAGGAACCAAGAGCAACAUGA